AUGUACACCAAGUUACACACCUACAGAGAGGAAAAGAAAAACACAAGAAAAGAACAACAACAACAACAGGAUACCAACAGUACACAAGGCAGUCACAAUACAAUAAUCACAGGUGACACUCUCAUCAGAGAAAAACAUUCAAACACACCAGCACAUCAACUCAACCCCAAAAAGAAAAAAACAGACCCAUUACGUGAAGCCGAAGCGGAACAGUCUCAGUCCAUCUCCCCGCAGAGAUUGCAGUCACUCAAACAAACAACAAAUAACACACACCACAAGGGCACAAAUAUGUUCGCGGCAAUGCCGUGUGAGUGA